AUGGCAAUUCGGACCACUAUCAGUUCUAUGUUCAGCCCUGCUCUUCUCUUCCUGAGCCUCCUGUCCGCCUCCGCCGACUAUUCAAACUCGUCGGCGGCGGCAUCAGAAGCAGCCGGCGGUGGUAUCGGACCAUGCUUCACGUCACUGUUCAGCUUCGGCGACUCCAUAAGCGACACCGGCAACCAGAUGCUGCAGGGUAAGUGCCCUCACUGUUGCUCCCUACAAAACGGCGAAACUUACUUCGGUCGCCCGACUGGUCGCUGCUGCAACGGGCGUCUCAUCGUCGACUUCAUUGCUGAGAAAUUGGGGCUUCCUCUGCUGACGCCGUUUCCGGGAGAGCUGAAGAGCAGCAAUUUCCGGUUCGGGGCAAACUUGGCGGAGGGAGGCCCGUCGGCCUUUGAAGAGCAGCAACGUACGUGGCAUCGUGACCACGUAGUAGCGGCCGUCUCGGCCACCGAUGGCGUUGCGGCCGAAGCCGAUGGCGCAGUUGGCCAGGUGCUUGCGGUGGGAUUGCCAGUUGGGGUCGCAUCGCCAGCAGUAGUCGAUAUGAUUGCCCGUGGAACAAGACUAGUAUCCCAACUUCCUUCUCGCCGUGUUGUUCCUAAUGCUCCUGUAAACAAAGAUUCAUGGUACGUAACAGAUUAA